UUGUGGGUGGUCGUGUGUGGUGUUUUGUUGUUUGUUGUAACUGUUGUUGUUGUAAAGAUGGAUUUACGCAACCACAAGUUGUUCAGGCUCAGGACCAAGACGAACUUAUCGAGGUCUUCGUCGAUAUCUACGCCGAGCCUAGGUCCGUUUGAAGCGGUGACGGGGGGAGAGAUGGUGUCUCGGCGGCGCAUUCUGUCGCGAUCUCGCGAUGAUCUUACACAAGCAUUCGCCCCUCAGAUUGAGGAAGAGGAAGAUGUGUGGUACCAGAAAGAUAAACUCUAUAAGGAACACAUACAGGAAGUACUGGAUAAAUGGACACAGAUCGACGACGAGAUCUGGGCUAAGGUGAUAGUGUUUGAAAAGAACAGGCGGGUUGCGAAAGCGUAUGCGCGUGCGCCGGUACUCACUAUCAACGGUUCAGAUGAUGGAUUUGAUGGCAUGAGAAUUGGCCUCUGCGGAUUCGAUAACCCGCACAGAGACCAGAAGACAGAAGAACUGAAGAAACACAUAGGACAGGGCGUCAAAAUAAAAAUGGACGAUGCCGGUAAUAUACUCAUCAGGCGCUAUUCAAAGAGUAGCGUGUUUGUGAAGAGUACGGCUGCCACCAGCAACGAGGAGACUGCGAUAGGCCAAGACAUUUUGAAACUACCAGGAUACUCGCUAGAACAAGAAAAAAUAUUUAAGUUAUUCGAUAUGAAAAAGUUUCAAUCCAACGUGAAUCGGGAGCUGAGACGUUCAUACCCAGACCGUCGAAGGCUCGAGACGCAAUGUUUGAGUGCCAUCGCAUUUGUCAAAUCAGACAACGAACUCUUAGAAUGCCCCAUCUGGGUGCUGAUCAUCAAUGUCGUCGCCAUGGAUAUGUUGAAAUCGAAAUUGCCACCGGUUCAAAGACCAAUGGACAUAAAGAACAGACCUCGCAUCCCGAUUCCUGAUGAAGACCCCUACAGUAUCGCUAGCUCUAAUGCUAAUGGAUCUGGAUCAAGCGGUAGCUCUGGGGGCUAUGGUCAUAAUGGCCACAAUGGGCAUAAUGGCCAUAACGGACACAAUGGCCACAACGGCCACAACGGACAUGGGGUUGUUGCCGCGACGAGAGAACAAUUGAUGAUGCAAAUGGGCGUAAGGAGAGGUGAAAAGCCACCUAAUCUACCACCUAGGGAAAAUGGUUAUGGACCAGCCGAUAUUCCUAAGCCGGAUUAUGAUGACAUUGAAGCGAAUGAGCGCGUCCCAACACAGUUCCCGAGAGGAAAAUCAGAUAAAGGAAAAGACAAUAAGAAAUACGAUGAUCCCUACUAUUGUGGCCUGCGCGCUCGCGUGCCCAACUUCGUGAAGGCGACCGGCAAGCAUGUGCUGCCUGCGAUGACAGAGCGCCUAACGCUGAAGGAGGCGCCGGUGCCGAGCAAGCGCUACAGCGUGGCGCACGCGCACCCCGGCCCCUUCCCCGCGCACGUGCCGCCCUUCGCCCACCCCCUGCCCCAAUCAGCUCUUUGGCACGCACGCUCCUACGAGAGUGGAAUCGGUGCGUACGACCGUCCCCCGAGAAAAGAGAAGCUCAUGUUCCAAUUCUAUCCCGACAGGGAGCGCAGGCUGCGCCCUAUGGUGAUCCAGCAGCCACGCUAACUAAUGCACUUUAUCCGACUCUUCGCUCCAGUCUUGACGGAGAACAAUACGACCCAUAUGCACUUUACGGCCGCUUGCCGAUACCCGGACGCGGAUUCCCUCCACCACCGGCUGCCAACGCUCGUCAUAUGUUCAUCGGAGAAUGGGACUAAAGAUACCUUCGCAACGAACACCACAAGGACCACAUUAGCUUAUAUUGAUAAUGUCACUUCGACCAAAACUCUUUGACGUUACGAAACUUCUGAUCAUAAAUGUUUAGUUUUCUAACGAUGCAAUAUUAUAUAUUAAAUUCCAAAUAUUUUAAAGAGUUAGUACGAAAAUUGUAGCUGUCUCUUUCUCUCGCAUAAUACGAUUCGUAAUUUAGAAGAGAGUAGCGAUCGAAGUUUCGCAAGAGUUGAACAGUCUCCUGAGAAUUGUUAAAUUGAAGUGAUGGUAUCGAAAAUUGUAUUGUAAAUACUUAUUGUAAAUUAUGAUUAUAAUUUACUUUUAUGUUCGACAAAGUAUAUUCGAAACGACAUUUUAGUAUAAAGUCUGUAAUAUAGAUUACUAGUAAUGAAUUAUUUACCGUGUAGUACGGUCUUGAAGUAGUAGUUUUAAUUUAAGUGCUUCAUCUUCAAUAAUCACUGCCACUACAAAUAAAUACGUUCUGAGGCGUUAGGAUUUUGAAACAUUCAUUAUUAUGUUCUUAUCUACUGAGAUUUUUAUGUGAUUUUUGGACGUUACAAAAUCAUUAUUUUAACUUUAAGUUUUGUUUUUAAGUUAAGGUGUCAAUCCUAGUCAGCACAGGGUUGGAAAUCUGGAGGAUAAACACUGGCUUUCUAGACUGCAUUUGAUAUUUAUGAAAUUUAUUAUUUUCCUCAAUAUAUUAAAACUGUAUAUGAGAUAAUAAUAAACAUUUUUCGAUUGAAAAUUAAUGAAAAAAUUGUAAAAGUUAAAACAAUACUUUGAAUACUUCUAAUCUUAAAAUAAGAAAGUAUAUAUCUUUUUUAUCUUUGUAAAUAGAUAUUUCCAUACUAAUAUAAGAAGAUAACUAAGUUUUCAAUAACUUAAUAUCACAUGUACGCUAUUCCCGCUAUGGUUAUAUUUAUCAAUACUCAAUUAUUUUAAACUUAGUAUAAUAUUUUUGUACAAUAAUUUUGACAAUAUUUUUAAUUUUUUAUCUUUGUCAAUAUUUUUUACACUUUUUAUAAGCUUAUAUUUUAACUCAAACCUUAAAAGUCAAUAAAAAAAUUAAUAAUUGUAAAUUGGAAAUUAUAUACAACUUGCUUAUAACUGAAAAACAUAUCCUAAAUUUGAGUUUCGGAGGUGCUACACAGGUUACCAUUCUGUUUUAUGUAACUUAGGUAUAUUAUCUUAAUUCUAAGACAUCCUUGAAAUCACAAUAUUUUAUGUAAUUAUUUUCAAUCAUUUGAUUAACUUUUAUAAGUUAAUAUAAAACGAGUGAUUCUUUUUUCGAAAUAUUCUAUUCGAUUUUUAAAAUUAUUUUAGAACAUUUUUACAAUGUAAGUGAAAUCGCUAUGACGAGUGAUUCAAUUAUUUAAUGUUUUGCAGUUUAUGGUUAUGUGAAUAAAUUAUUAUUUCUUAAAUCGAAUCGCUGUACACUUGUAGUUACGUACGGCGUCAACAUCCGCAACCUGUAACGUAGGGUGUUGGUUAAACAGUAACCUAAUGUAAGGAACAUGUGUAUGAAUCAAAUAUACAGUUAUUUUAAUAAA